AUGCCUGAGGGCCGGAUCCAGUCUCAGGCACCCUCAGGUGAGGGUGCUUCGGUCGUGCCACUCCUUCGAGGUGGUGCGCCACGAGGGCGCAGAGCGCGCGGAGGGUGGCGGGCGGCGGAGCUCCCCCAGAUCGGCCCGCAGCGCUUCUCUACCGCCGCCUCGGGGUGUCUCUGCUUCGCUGCGAGCGGGGAACCGCGGCGGCGGCAGCGCCAAGAAGCGCCGGGUCACCGCAGGCUGAGGCGCCCGCCGUCCCCGCCCUCCCCCUCGCUCGCCUUCUCCCUCCCUCCCGCUCCCUCGCUCGCUCGCUCCUUCCCUCUCCCCGCCUUCCCUCCGCGCUCCCCCCGCCCUCUCCUCCGCGCCUCGCCUCCUCCGCCCCGCGCCCUGCGGUGCUGCAGCUGCGGGCGGCUCCAGCUGCCCCCAGAUGUGGGCUGGGCGGCGCGCGGGGAACUUUCGCGCCGGCUGCGAGUGCGGGGCCCCGGCUGCGGUCCGGCUGCCAUGGAUCCGCCGGCGGGAGCCGCUCGCCGCCUGCUCUGCCCCGCGCUGCUGCUGCUGCUGCUGCUGCCGCCGCCGCUCCUGCUGCUGCUGCCGCCCGCGAACGCCCGGCUUGCCGUCGCCGCCGGCCCCCCAGGCGGGCCCCUGGGGCACGGAGCCGAGCGCAUCCUGGCGGUGCCGGUGCGCACUGACGCCCAGGGCCGCUUGGUGUCCCACGUGGUGUCGGCGACGGCCAGGGCGGGGGGACGAACCCGCAGGGCCGCCCCAGUCCAGACUUCAGGCUUCCCCGGAGACAUUGAGGAGGACCCUGGCAGCCGCCUCUUCUACAAUGUCACGGUCUUCGGCCGAGACCUGCACCUGCGGCUGCGGCCCAACGCCCGCCUCGUAGCUCCUGGAGCCACUGUGGAGUGGCAGAGUGAGACGGGUGCUACCCGCGUAGAGCCUUUGCUUGGGACCUGCCUCUACGUUGGGGACGUGGCCGGCUUAACUACACCCUCCUCUGUGGCACUCAGCAAUUGCGAUGGCCUG